AUGCGUGUUCUCUUUUGGAAUAUUAAUGGUAUUGUGCGUGAUGAAGUACAAUUUAAGCUUAAAGAAUUAGUUAAAAGUUUUAAACCUGAUAUUAUUGGCAUUGCUAAGCCGAGAGUGGUUGUUUCCUCUAGGUCCAUGCGACACUUCAAAAUUGAUGGUUUUAAUAGUUCUAUAAUUCAUAACUCUACAGAAUCUUCUAUUGGGAACUUGUGGGUUAUGUGGUCUCUGAAUUAUUCAGAACCUGUGGUGUUGAAUAUGUCUCGUCAAGCUAUUACAAUUGAUGUUGAUGGUGUUUAUAUCUCUAUGGUUGAUGCUAGUUCCAUUCAGACUACAAGGAGAAAUUUUUGGCGUCAACUUGAUAUGGGUGCGCAGCAGGUUCAGUGGUUGGUAAUUGGAGAUUUUAACUGUAUUUUGCGCAAUGGAGAAAAGAAGGGAGGUGCUACUCCUAGAACUGAGGUUAUUAAUGAAUUUAGUGAUUGGUUGGAUGAUAAUAGUCUUUUUGAAGCAGAUGCUUUGGGAAGUAAGUUUACUUGGUCCAACAAGCAAUCGGGUGCAAGAAGAAUUAUUUGUAAACUGGAUCGGGCAGUAAUCAAUGAUUUUUGGUUCAAUCGUUUUGAGAAUUGGCGGUGUAAAUCUCUUCCUAGGGAAGUUCCCGACCGUUCUACCCUUGUUGGAUAUCCUUUUAUAAAUACUAGACCUCGUAGAGCUCCUUUUCGUGUGCAAAAGAUGUGGUUUCUUCACGCUGAUUUUAUGAGAAUGGUUCGAGAUAGUUGGAAUGCUCCUUUAGUUGGGUCUCCGGAUUUUAUUUUUCCUCAAAAAUUGAAGCGGCUCAAGGUUAAGAUGAAGUUAUGGAAUCAAAUAGUUUUUGGUAAUGUUCAUGUUAAGCUUAAACAAGAGGAACUAAGGCUUGAGGGAGCUAUUCGAGUGACUGAUGAAGAUCCUUUCAAUGUUGAGAAAAAAAAUCAUACGAAGGAUGCGCAAGUUGAGGUGAAUGAUAUUUGUAUGCAGUUGGUGACAAUGUUGAAGCAAAAAUCUAGGAAUCAAUGGUUGAUGGAGGGGGCUAGUAAUACCAACUUCUUCCAUAAUAGCAUUCGUAUGAGAAGGAGUUCUAAUACUAUUUCGGAGCUGGUUAAUGAUACGGGUAUUACGAUUAAUGAUUAUGAUCAAAUUUGUGACAUGGUUGUUAAUUAUUAUCAAGCAAAGUUUAAUGGAGAUAAUUCAGUUUUGGAGAAUUCUCUUUUUGAUAUUGAACAUGACCGUAUUUCUGUUGAGGAGAGUAAUUUUAUGGAUCGGUUGCCUUCUAUGGAGGAGAUUCAUGAGGCCGUUUUUGACUUGGGAGAGGAUAAUGCUUCAGGUACGGAUGGUUUUGCUGGUUUUUUCUAUAAGCAUUGCUGGGAAAUCAUUAGUGAAGACUUGGUAAAGUCCAUUUUCUUUUGUUGGACCAACAAAUUUAUUCCGCAUGGUGUUAAUUCUAGCUUGCUUUUGUUUCUGCCAAAGGAAAGAGGUGCAAAUACGAUCAAGAACUACUCGUUUGGGGAGUGUCCUGGGUAA